AUGGGCGCACCAGCUUGGGGUACUCGCGGGGGCGGUGAUAGGCCUCGCCUGCUGCGCAUGACCCCGCUAAGACAUAGCUUCGCAGCACCCGCUACGCCGCCUGCGCAACCACCUCGUACUCACGACUAUGCGUCUGAUGCUGAUACCAAAAAAGAAGAAAGCUGGAAUGCUAAUUUAUCACAGCGAUGGCGGAAGCUAAGACGUAGAUGCUCACGGCUGCGACCUGGUUCAGGAACCCGUGAACCCAGCCCCGUUCGUCGUUCCCCAUCGCCACCCUGUCCUCCACCACACUGUUCGCCUGCUCCAGCAUCAAAACUUUCCUUCAGGCAUCGAGGCAAAGUUUACACUACAGCUUCUCUUCGCGUCACUAGUGGAGCACCCGAUAUUCUAAGAGCACUUGGAAAAUUAGGCGGAGGGUUGAGAAGAAGGGCUCUAUCAGCACACGAUGUCUUAACACCGCCACAACAACAACCUUCAACUUUCUAUGUUCCUAGUCCUACAGCUAUUCGAAAUCCCCCUUCACCAUCACCAACCAGACAAACCUCUACCGUUCGUAGACGAUGCAGCUCUCCCAAUAUAUAUAGAACAAAGAAUGGCAGAGACCGAGCUCCUAUAAAUCAAGAAGAUGAAAGCAGAGAUGUGGUAGACUAUUCAUAUGGAUUAGAACGUAGAAAUAAUAGUAGAAAUGGGCGAAGACCGUACAGUGAAAACGUUGAGAUACCUAUUUAUAAGAAUGGAUACGACCGAUUGGCUAGUGAUACUGAAAGGUUAUGGGAAGAACCGUACAGAUUGCCCAGAGUGCAAAUGCGACAGGAUCCAAUCCAGCAAUUAAGAAAUGGUGUUUCCGAGUUGCGUGUGAGUUCAACGCCUCGGUCUGCAAAACCUCCUGUAGCGUCACCUACAACUCAGAAAACCCCUAAACGACCCCCAAUUCCUGAACCUCGAGACACACACACUUUUGAGGUGCGUUUCACAAAGUCUGCCGGCGGUAAAGGGCUUGGGUUUAGUAUCGUAGGAGGAAAGGAUUCACCUCGAGGAGACAUGGGCAUUUUUGUGAAAACAAUAUUCAACAACGGCCAAGCCGCGGAGUCCGGUUUACUACGAGAAGGUGACGAAAUCGUGUCCGUAAACGGCCGAGGAACUGCUGGUUUGACGCACGGCGAGGCCAUACGGUUAUUUAAGGAUGUCAGAGCAGGCCCGGUGCUCCUUCGCGUAGUAAGAAGAGCUCCGGCCCGCUGA